CGGUUUACAUCGUGUGUGUUCCGUACGUACCACCGUAUUCGAUUUAAGGCAACCCCCUAAAUAUGCGACACAUUUGAAAAUUUCGCUCAUAAUUUGUUUUUUGAUAUUCUUGCGUAUGCCUAAUCACAAAAAAGUUUGUAAUCUAACUUAUGCAAACAGGCAAGGAUCGUGAUGUCAUACAACUAUACCGGUACAGGUAUUUGUGAUGUUGUGUUUUUUGGGGUCCUCUAGAGGAGACCAUUAAUUUUUGCAAUUGCACUCGCAAAUGUUUGAUACUCGCAAAAACGAUUGUAGAGUUAAGUAAUUAUACAGUACAUAGUACAUGCAGUAUAGGUUACCUACCAGGUCCGUAUGGUGUAUAUAGAGAAGAGGCUGACUAUCAGCAAGCCAAACUAGCGAUGGCUGCUAACAUUUCAAUCUCCUGCCAAGAAACUACAAGCUUGAGGUUCCUAUUCAUAACUUCUAUUCUGCAUAAAAUUAUCCAUCACUUGAUAUUUAGCGUGAUCAUGUGCUAUGUAACGCACACAUGAAGUUCGGAGGAAGCACAUUAUACCCGGAGUUGAGUUAAUGAUUGUAGUACCAGUUGUUGAAUAGCUAAUAUGAGUGUUUGAGUUAACUGUCUGUGUACGUAUCUCACCUUGUGCUGUAUUGCGUAUAAUCAAGGGCGUAUGUACUGCCAUUGGUAUUAUGUGAUGGUUACAUUCUCGAGUAGGUAUGUAUGCACAAGUUAUAUUUACUGUAUGAGCACAUUUUUGACUGUUUCAAUAUGUUACUACGGGGAUGGUUGCUCGAAGUGUUGUUAAGUGUUUGGCAACAAUGAGUAGUUACUGUUCAGCAGCUGUAUCUAGUUACCAGCAUGGUUGCCAUGUGUCUAUAUUGUACAUGUAUGCAUGUAUACAGCUAGUGUACUAAAUUUGAAACAGUUCGUCCAUAAAUUUCCCUAGUCAUUUUAUCCCAAGGUCAUUGCAAUAACAUCUGCUUUUACUUUCAACUAGUUAAUUUUGGGACUAAAAAUUUGUUUUCUUAGUUUUAUCAGUGUUUUGCAAAUUAAGUUUGUUUCAGUCUUGUAUAUAGUAAUUGUUAUUUUGUGUUUGAUAUGCCAUUGUAGCUAGCUAGUAGUAGGUGAGAGUUAGCUACGUAGCUUUAGGUCGUUGAAGAAGAUGCAUCUCUUCGCGAUUCUUGUGUUUCCUCUUCUGCUAUUGAAGCUGGCUAGUGCUGAAACCAUUUGCAUUGUGAAUUCAACUGUGACUAAUUUGACGUCACUUUCUAUAAAUUGUCAGCAAGUUUUCGAAUCCCUAAACUAUAUCAAUAUUACUCUCUCAAGCCAGAUUAUCCUGUAUAGUGGCGUGUUUGUACUGGACAGAGUUUUGCUAUUUGAUACUGUAUCCAGUCUCUCCAUUAUUAGUCAAGAUGAAGUGAUCAUUCGCUGUGUCGGUCAAACCUCGGGAAUUGCGUUUAAUCGCUCCCAAAACAUUCACUUGGAGGGUUUGAUAAUUGAUGGUUGCGGUGGCAUAUUUGAAAGCACAAGUACCAACUUAUCUGAUUCGGUUAACUUGACAACAAUGGCGUUUCGCUCGGCUUUGUAUUUUGAAAAGUGUACGAAUGUAGCCCUCUUCGGUGUGACAGUGCGGAACAGUAAUGGUGUCGGUGUCUCGAUGUACAAUACCAAUGGUAACAUACAGGUCUUACGGUCUCAUUUCCUCUUCAAUAUGGUACCCGAAAAAGAAUUGAAUACAUUUCCUGGAGGAGGUGGAUUUUAUAUUGAAUUCUCUCAGUGCAAUCCCGGUGUUUUGUUCGAUAGUUGUAAUCUGUUUAGCGAAAAACGCGAGAACUCCGUUUACACAUUUAAAAAUUGCAGUUUCGUAUCAAACAUAGCCCAAACAAUCAAUUCAAAGAAAGGAAGUUUUGUCAAACUUAUCGGCGGUCAUAGCCAUAACAACCAAAGACUCGGCAGAGGUGGUGGGUUAUCGUUAAUUUUUGCUAGCAGAGCAAAGAAUAACUCUGUUCUGAUUAGUAACUGUAGUUUUCGUAACAAUUCUGCUAUUUCUGGAGGUGGUUUGUAUUCUAAUUUAGCGGGUGGAGCUUCUGGUGUUUCGAUUUCAAUAAAUGGCUCAACUUUUAGCGGCAACGAAGCAUCUUUUAGCGGGGGUGGUAUUGCCUAUCAGGUGAUAACGAAUACUGUUCAUGAUAAUAGUAUGAUUGUGCACAACUGUAACGUAACUAAUAACAAUGCUGAAAAUGGAGGUGGCCUUAUCUUGCUUUACAAUCAGCUGAAAGCCUCUGAUAAUACACGGAAUAGAUUUUUGAGCUACUCGACACAUUUUGUUGGAAAUUUGGCUAAAUAUGGAUCUGCAGUUGAUUCAAUUCUUUUUGCUCCGUCUGGUUACAAUGGGCCCCACCCUGUAUUCAAAAAUUGUUCGUUUCUUUUAAAUAAAAUGAGCAGUACAGUGCUAGUUGAUAUAGACAGUUCGUUAUCUCAGAGUUUUUACGGCACUGGUACUUUUACUGUAGCUAAAAUGCCCAUCACCUUCAACCAAUCAGUUAUUUUUGAGAACAACAUCGGUACCGCUCUUUGGGUUGUGUCUAGUAGACUAACGUUUAAUUCUCCCAUGAAUGCCAACUUUGUGAAUAAUAAAGGUAUAGAGGGCGGAGCUCUAGGUCUCGUUAGUUUCUCUGUGAUGUAUUUUUGGAAUGAUGCCAUUUUCAAAUUUGUCCGAAAUAAAGCAUAUCACAAUGGCGGUGCUGUAUAUUCUUUUCAGUAUGGUAAACAACAAUUGUUGGGAGCUGCUUCACAAUGUCCUAUACAGUAUCUAGGCAACUCGUCUAUUGACGAAAGAAAUGUCUCGUUUUACUUUGAAGAUAAUACACUCUUGAAGUUCCCGUUCAAUAAAUUGGAGCGGGGGCGUUCAAUAUACAUGACUUCUAUACAGCCUUGUGUGUUUCUCUGUACUGCCAAUCCAAGUGCAGAGUUGACCAUUUCUAACAUGUUUUCAUGCAUAGGCAAAGUGAAAUUCCAUUCGACAAAAAACGUUUCGAUUACUGAUGAAGUUUCAACUUCUGGUAGAAAAUUCAAACUAGAUAAUACUUCACUCUCAACUCUCUACCUAGUUCCUGGAAAGGUGUUUGAAUUGCCUGUUGUCGUGAGCAACGAUUUAGGUUAUCCGUUAAUUAAUAUGGGGUACCACGCUCAGAUAAGAGAAAGACGUAGCAAAAUCAUCAUAGAUCCGGGGUACAUAUCGAUCACGGAACAUAGACUCAAGGUAUACGGUCCGGUUGGAGCUAAUGGCACUAUUGUGUUUGAGAGCUCGGGCCAUUAUCGUUUCGUGCUGAAGAUGAGUAUUGAAUUACUCCCGUGUCCUCCCGGGUUUUAUUCUGAUAAUCUCGAGCAUGGUAAAGUAAUAUCGUACCCCAGCUGCACCUGUAAUUGGAACAGUACGUCGCAUUCGGUUUAUCAAGGUGUUAGUUGCAACAGCGCUGUGUUCGAGGCCCAAGUACAGCACAUCUACUGGAUAGGCUAUGUGUCUCACUAUGUGGUUCCUCACCACAUCUUUACUAGUCUUUGCCCUCAAAAGUUUUGCUAUGGUGGUCAACACAUAUCACCAUUAUACACACUACCAUCCAAUGCAUCGUACGAAGAACUUGAUAAGUUUGUGUGUGGUCCAAAUCGUCAAGGGCUUCUUUGCGGUGAAUGUGCUGAAGGACAUUCCGUAUUCUACCACUCGUUGCAUUUUAAAUGCAAGAAAAAUAGUCUUUGUCAUAUCGGAUUCUUGUUCUAUAUUUUAUCUGAAAUUCUUCCAUUGACAGUCAUGUUCAUAGUUAUAGUACUAUUGAAUAUUAACUUUUCAUCUGGUGCUUUAAACGGAUUUAUACUCUUUGCGCAAGUAUUAGACUCACUUUCGAUUGGUGCUUAUGGUAUGAUGGAGUUUCAGCUGUUAAAAUCGAAGUCACUCUAUUACAUCACUGUUUUGUAUAGGUUUAUAUAUCGGGUAUUCAACUUGGAUUUUUUUACGGAAGAUGCACUGUCAUUUUGUUUAUGGAAAGGGGCCACCACACUUGAUACUUUGGCAUUCAAAUUUGUGACUGUGUUUUAUGCUUUUUUGCUGGUUUUAGUUUCAAUUUUGAUCGUAAACAAGUAUAAAUUGAAUGUGAGAUGUUGUCGACAGUUUAGAUUCACCACCAUCAAGUCGUACAUCAUACACGGACUGUCUGCCUUUCUAAUCACUUGCUAUAUCAAAUGUGCUCAAGUUUCGCUCAAUAUUCUCAUUCCCGGGAGGUUGACGGGAAUGGCACAUGAACCGUCGAGACACGAUCCCCUCAAAGUGGUAUAUUUUAGCGGCAACAUUCGUUACAUGUCAACAGAGCAUUUGCCGUACGCUUUCCCCGCACUUUUUGUAGCUUUCAUUGUGUGUGUGCCCCCUCCUUUUCUCCUCAUUUGGUACCCCCUCGGUCGACAGGCCGUCUACAAAAUAGUCUCAAAAUGCAGACAGUUUAGUUAUCGUCUCCGACACAAGUCUUGUCAUGUGAGCAUUAUCGAUAAGAUGAAGCCUCUACUUGAUUCAUUUCAGAGCUGCUACAAAGAUAAUUGCCGGUAUUUUGCCGGGCUCCAGUUUGUGUACCGGUUAGUGAUACUGUGCACUUUCAAUUUCACCGAGACUCCGCUAAUGUUUUACACCGUUGUAGAGGUUGAGAUCAUACUGAUACUGAUUGUUCACGUGAUAAUCUGGCCCUACCGCGAGAAAUGGCAUAACAUCAUUGAUACUCUAAUCUACGCAAACAUUGCCCUAGUGAACGGCUUCACCAUGUUUGUGUACUCAUCGUCUGUGAAUUUCUCAACACGGUUUGUGUACGAGGCUGUUGUGCUACAGACUGCUUUGAUCUAUUUGCCCCUCGUGUAUAUCAUUGCGUACACCUCAGUCAUUUUGUAUAGAAUUAUUAAGCUGAAGAUCGUAAAGAAGAAGGAGAGGACCAUGACGUCAUUGGACGAUGGCUUCCCUGCUCGACUGAUCGAGAACAGUUACGAUACGUCGUACAGACUCGAUGAUAUGUAGUGUGUGUGUGUAGUGUGUGUGUGAUUGUUAUCUUGUUAUUACUAUUAAGUUG